AUGGCCGAAAAGAUCGAUCGACACUCAUUCAAGGUAUUCAACCAAGACUUUACAGUGGAUAAACGUUUCCAGUUGAUAAAAGAAAUUGGUCACGGAGCAUAUGGUGUAGUAUGUUCAGCAAGGUUUGCAGAAGCUGUCGAAGAAACGACUGUAGCCAUUAAAAAAGUAACUAAUGUCUUUUCAAAGACUUUAUUAUGUAAGAGAUCAUUACGUGAAUUGAAACUGUUAAGACAUUUUAGAGGACAUAAAAAUAUUACUUGUCUUUAUGAUAUGGAUAUUGUAUUUUAUCCCGAUGGAUCAUUCAACGGGUUAUAUUUAUAUGAAGAAUUAAUGGAGUGUGAUAUGCACCAAAUUAUCAAAUCCAGUCAACCUUUAACUGACGCGCAUUAUCAAAGUUUUAUUUACCAAAUACUUUGUGGAUUAAAAUAUAUUCAUUCAGCAGACGUAUUACAUCGUGAUUUGAAACCAGGUAAUCUAUUAGUAAAUGCUGAUUGUCAGUUAAAAAUAUGUGAUUUUGGUUUAGCAAGAGGGUUUUCAGAAAAUCCAGUAGAAAAUAAUCAAUUCCUAACUGAAUAUGUGGCUACAAGAUGGUACCGUGCUCCAGAGAUUAUGUUAAGUUAUCAAGGUUAUACAAAAGCUAUUGAUAUUUGGUCUACAGGUUGUAUUCUUGCUGAGUUUCUUGGUGGUAAACCUAUUUUCAAAGGUAAGGAUUAUGUUGAUCAAUUAAAUCGAAUAUUAGAGGUUCUUGGGACUCCACCUGAUGAGACUUUAAGAAGAAUUGGUUCGAAAAAUGUGCAAGAUUAUAUCCAUAAUUUAGGUUACAUUCCCAAAGUCCCAUUUGUUAACCUCUAUCCAAAUGCGAACCUUCAAGCACUUGAUUUAUUAGAAAAAAUGCUAGCGUUUGAUCCACAGAGAAGAAUAACGGUUGAUGAAGCAUUAGAACAUCCCUAUUUGUCAGUAUGGCAUGAUCCAUCGGAUGAACCUGUAUGUAGUGAGAAGUUUGAAUUUAGCUUUGAAGUUGUCAAUGAUAUGGAAGAAUUGAAACAAAUGGUCAUUGAUGAAGUACAUGAUUUCAGAAAAUUUGUGAGGAAACCUUUGUUGGAAGAGGAAGAACAAGCAAAGCAUCAAGCUCAAUUACAAGCGCAGCAACAGGCACAAGUUCAAAUGCAACAGCAACAACAAGCUGAACAACAAGCCCAACAGCAGAUACAAGGGUCAAUAAAUGGGUCUAAUUACUCACAACAAAUGGGGUUCCAAUCUCCAAUACAAUCUCAAAUGAAUGAUAACGUUGUUGGAAUUGAUUCACAAGGUUUACCACGGCACGAUACAGACUUCCCACCUCCUCCACAAGAGAACCUCUUGGAAUCGCCGGCGAAUUUCAAUAUUGGUGGUACCAAUGGCAACGAACAGGAUGCAGGGGACGCAUUUUUAGAUCUUGAGAAAGAAUUGGAAUUUGGAUUGGAUAGGAAGUACUUAUAA